CUGCUGCUGCUGCUGCGGGCGUUGGGGGCGCCGUUCGCCCCGGGCGUCCGCGGCUCAGAGGCGGAGGGCCGACUCCGCGAGAAACUUUUCUCGGGCUAUGAUAGCUCGGUGAGGCCGGUGCGGGAGGUGGGAGACCGCGUCGGGGUCAGCAUUGGUCUCAGCCUAUCGCAAUUAAUCAGCCUGAACGAGAAGGAUGAGGAGAUGAGCGCAAAGGUCUACUUAGACCUGGAGUGGACUGACUACAGGCUGAGCUGGGACCCUGAGGAGCACGAGGGCAUCGAUUCACUCCGCAUCACUGCCGAAUCCGUGUGGCUACCAGACGUGGUGCUCCUAAACAACAACGACGGAAAUUUUGAUGUUGCUCUGGACAUCAGCGUCAUGGUGUCCUCCGACGGCUGCGUGCGCUGGCAGCCCCCGGGCAUCUAUCGCUGCAGCUGCAGCAUCCAGGUCACCUACUUCCCCUUUGACUGGCAGAACUGCACCAUGGUGUUCAGUUCCUAUAGCUAUGACAGCUCAGAAGUCAGUCUGCAGACCGGCUUGGGUCCCGAUGGGCAGGAGCGGCAGGAAGUGCACAUUCAUGAAGGCACCUUUAUUGAGAAUGGUCAAGGGGAGAUUAUUCACAAGGCUUCUCGGCUAAUCCAGCCUCCAGUGGAUCCUAGGGGAGGGGGGGAAAGACGGCCUGAAGAAGUCACCUUCUACCUCAUCAUUCGCCGGAAGCCUCUCUUUUACCUGGUCAACGUCAUUGCCCCAUGCAUCCUCAUCACUCUUCUGGCCAUCUUCGUUUUCUACCUGCCACCAGAUGCAGGAGAGAAGAUGGGGCUCUCGGUCUUUGCCCUGCUGACCCUUACUGUGUUCCUGCUGCUGCUGGCAGACAAAGUGCCUGAGAGCUCCCUGUCUGUCCCCAUCGUUAUCAAAUACCUCAUGUUUACUACGGUCCUCGUCACCUUCUCAGUCAUCCUUAGCGUCGUAGUCCUCAACCCGCACCGUCGCUCACCCCACACCCACCAAAUGCCCCUUUGGGUCCGUCAGAUCUUUAUCCACAAACUCCCUCCGUAUCUGGGUCUGAAGAGACCCAAACCUGAGAGAGACCAGAUACCAGAGCCACCUCCUAUACCUCUCAGGGAUUCUCCAGGAAGUGGCUGGGGUCGGGGAACAGAUGAAUAUUUCAUCCGUAAGCCACCAAAUGAUGUUGAUAGUCCGCCUGACGAUCACCUCCCACCCAGCACAGUACUGGAGCUGCAAACAGAAGCCGGUGGAAGGAAGGAGGCUCCCAGGAGCCCCUACCCAGAGGACACACCACCUGGCCUCUCAGUGAACUCCUGGUUCAGCCCCUCUUCCCAGCACCCCAGGCCAGAUUCCCUUGGUGGCACACUACAAGCCCCCAAGGCCAAAGCUGCAGGUGGCCUGGGCUCCGUUACCGCUGCCAUCCCCCCGCGGGACGAGGGCAAGGAGAAUUGA